UAUUAGCACCGAGUCCCCUCUUGCUUCUCCGCGGGUCCCCCGGGCUUUCGUCUCUCCGCCUAUCCCGAGCGACGUCGCGAUCGGCCGGAAUGGCGAGAUAGUGUGUUGACAUUCGCUCCCGAACAGGCGUACGGCUGCCCCGUCCUCUCGGAACCCGUAGGUGUAGGGGAGACCCCACAGAUCCGUCGGCCCGGUAGUUGUCAAGUCGCGGCAGCGAUGCACUCGGUCAGCGCGAGCCCGCCGAGCUCCACGGACGUGAGCGACGUCCCGUCGGUUAAGCGAGAUCGGAGCUGCCGCGCGGCGGACGCGGGCGCCGACGACGAGCCGUGCGGCGAGACCGACGGCCUGCGUAUCCUCGACGAGUUUCGCAAGCUGUACGAGAGCCGCAUCGAGAAGAUCGACCGGGAAUCGGCCGGCGAGUCCGACCAGGUCUCCAUGAAGUUACAAGUGAUGAGCGACUGGAUCAAGGAUCUGGGGGAGCAGAAUGCGAUGCUGGUGCAUACCGUGGAGGAUCUGGAGCAAGCCGCGUGCAGCAGAGUCAAGUUACUGGAGGAGAAGCUCAAACAAUCGUCGCAGAUGGUCGUGGAUAAUUUCACAAGAUCCGAUCAUUCGGAGAAGACUUUAAGUACCCUCUCGAGCCGCGUCAGUCAGUUGGAGAAGGACGAGGAGUAUCUGCACCAGAAAAUAGAGUAUCUGCAGAGCGACAUCAGAGGAUUGUUGGAGGUGAUUCGUCGCGCGCGCCGCCAGAACGUUUGGAGUCUCGACGGCAUCAAGUUCUUUGAGAUUCAGCCAGAUGAUAUCCCGGUACCAGACUGCAUCUGUGAUCAGGAGCAGACAGAUACCGACCACAUAAAGUCCUUGAAUCUGCAAAUAGAACACCUCCAGGGAAAUGAGAGAAAGAUGACCAGAUCUCAGAUGGAACUGGAAGGAAAAAUAGCAGCUCUCACGACAGAGUUGUUGGUAAAGGACGAUACCAUAAAAAAAUACGUCUCUAGACUUCAGUGCUUUUGUGAGAAGCUCAAGGAACAUGCUAAACAAGCGAAUCAAGUUAUUAGUCACCCACUGACAUUGGCUUCUGAUCAAGAUUGCAAUAUUAUCUUAACACCUGACAUUCUGGAAAGUGUACUAGAUGCAAAAGAUAGAGAAAACAAGAGCCUACAUCGACAGCUCCAGGAUGUUGAGUCCAAGCUUAUGGUGUAUACUUAUGAGAACAAUGUCGACACAAUUAAUCUACAAUUGCAACUGGAAGAGAAAUGUAAGAAAGUGCAACAACUGGAAGACAAAGUGGCUCGCCUCGAAAAAGAAGCCGCAGAAACGAAGGAUACACUGACGGCGGAAAUCGUGGCACUGGAAAAACAAAAUUAUCACGCCAAUAUCGGCAAUCUUUUAAAGGAUGACUUGAUUAAAGAAAUGCGCAAAGGACUAAAGCAAACGACCUUAGAGGAUACGUCUUCUCGGAAAGUUCGCAUUGAUAUAAGUAAUUCUCCGGAGAAGUGUCCUCUGCCUUCAAUAGAUACUCCACAUUCUAAAAAGGAUGAAUUUAUAUCAUUCCUGAAUAGUACAAAAGCACACGCCCAGAAAGAAUGUGAAAUUUUAUCGGACUUGAAACUCGAACUCGGGAAAUUUGUAGAUAAAUUGACCAAAGAUAAUGAGGUGGGUGAUUGUAUUAUAUCUAAUAAUUGCACAAAUAAAACCAAACUUUGUACAAGCGACAUGUCGGACAAGCUGAUCGAUUGCAUUGAAAUUAUUACUAAAAUGUAUCUAGAAAGAGAGAAGGAAGUUACAGUUUUUGAUUGUAUGGUAAGGAAAGAAGAAGGUCGUUGCAUAUGUAGCGAUUCCAAAAACAUUAAAGCAAACGUAAACAGUGUACGGCAAUUCAAGUUAAUGGAGGAAUUUAGAGUGUGCACUGUAGAAGCUCAAGCAGCAACAGAGGAUAUUCGCGAGGAAAUAAGCACUGUUAUUUCGACAUUUAAUUCGCGACAUCAAAAUUAUGAAGAUUUGAGCAAGAUGGUUACUAGUGCACAAAGUUACUUGGCAAGAACGCGAGAAGGACUAAUAGAAGCUAUAAACAGACUAGAAUUACAAGAGGAGGAGAGACUAAGGCACAGCGAAAGAAUCGUGAAUGGCAAUCUUAAACUGAAGGAUAUAAAGAAUGAAAUUAAUCACGUUCAAUCAGAAUUGUCUCGUUGCAUUAAUGGUAUGCAGGCGAAUAUACAGGGAUAUAAUGAAUCUGAAUAUACAGAAGCGUGUAUCAACAAUGAUUUACUAACUGUGGUAAUGGAAGAGGUUGAACAAAUAGUGAUUAAUUUGCAAUUAUUUCAAACUCAGGGUGGUUGUAUGACGUCAAUACUAAAAGGAUUAAGAAGUCAGCUAUGCACUAUAGAUAAUUCUUUAAAGGAAUUACAGAAGAAAACAAGUGAAGUGCUGUUAAACAACGAAAUCGCAAAAACAACAUUCUGUGAAAGGGAAUGCAGGUUGGCCAAGUUCGAAGAAGAAGUCGAUUGUGCACAUACAAAAAUGCAAGAUGUAUUAGAAACAUUUCUUUCCACAAAACAGGAAGAAAAGGAGCAGUUUACUCAUUGUACCUAUGAUAAUCAGGAAGUAAAUGACAUAAUAAAAACUAAAGAAGAUUUACAUAAACUAAGAAAGGAAUACGACGAUCUAAAACUUGACAUGAUCCAGCAAACAUGUCAAAUGAAGUAUGAUGAGAGACUAAAUAAGUGGAAAAAUCGUAUAAUCGAUUUAGAAGACCAAGUCAGAAUGUUGCAACAUGAGGUAAAAUGCAAACAAGAAGCAAUUAAUUUUUUAAAGAGUAAUAUUCAGUCUAUGGAGAAGGAGCUAAUUACUGCACGAGCAAAGGCAGAAAAUUAUAGACAGUGUCACAGCAAAGAUAAUAUGGAACUGAAAAAGAAGAUAAUAGAACUAGAAAAUAUUAUCAAAAUGCAAAAGGAAGUGGAGAAUGAUCUUAGGAAAAAUUUAAAUAAUGUAGCGAAUAUUAAAAAAUCUACAGAAAUCGCAAAUGCUUAUCAUACAGAGUGCGACACAGAUACAACGCUCUUACGUUGCGAUUAUCCAUCUAAACACGAGAACUUAUCUCAUUUGUUUAAAACUGUGCAAGAUGCUGUGCAAUCUGCAAAAAUGGCAGUUCAAGACUUUGACAGCGAACUUAAAAAAGUGAUACAUGAAGAAUCAUCUCUUUCCUCUGUUUCGGCAAAAUCUGCUCUGACACUGACCGAUUCUUUAGGAAAGUGUAGAGAGAAGCUGGAUACUUGCUCUCACGAAUUAAGCAAACUUAAAAAUGCUGUAUAUUCUAAAGAAAAACUUUUAGAAAAUAUGGAGGAAAUCGUACGGAUACAACGGAAUUCGUUAGCAAUGAGUCAAACGGAAGUAAAAGACCUGCGUCAAGAACUACAAGAAAAGAUUGAUAAACAAGGCCUUACUACCGCGCAAUAUGAGAGAGAGAAGAACGAAUUGCUAAAACAGAAUGAACUUCAGAUACAAACUAUCGGGCAUUUACAAAAUGCCGUUGUUGAAGCUAAACGAAAUCUGGAUCAGAUGGCUCAUAAAACGAUGAGCGAUCUUUGCAAGAAGGAUGAAACUAUAUGUCAGCUAACGAUGCGCAUCGAUGAGACGCAGGAUCAAUAUAACGAAUGUUUUACACAGGCAACUAAUCAAGACAUGUUAUUGGAUCUACAACGAGAUGCUAUUGACAGUCUGCAUAAAAAGAUUCGUUAUCUGGAAUAUGAGAAACGUUUAAUUACUACCACAUUACACGCAAUAUAUUAUUCUAUUUUAAGCGAAAUACAGGUGCAAAUACGAGAGCACGUAAAAGAUUUCCGGGAAUUAAAAUGGAAGAUGAAUAGUUCUAUGCAGACGAAUAAUUAUGCCAAAAGCAAAUGCACAAACCAAUCAUGCGCGAUAUAUCUUGAAGACAAAGACUGCGAUACUCGAGAUUUUGGAUACUCAAACAGCAUCACUUAUGGAAUAUCAUGUAUGGAAAGACGUUCAUAUAAAGAAGCACAGAUGGAGAACAUUGUUCAGAUAGAACAGUUAAGAGUUGAAUUGCAAAAGGUAAAAGGUACCGAGUGCGGUUUAAGAUGCGAAAAUCAGCAACUUAAAACUAGUCUACAGCAUCACGUAUCAGAGACUGAGAAUCUGAUGAAGAAACUAGAGCAGAAGAACAGUGAAUAUGAGGAACUUUUGUUCAAACUAGAAAAUGGGAAGAAAGAGGUCAAUACUUUGAACGACCAAAUUAUCAGUAGCGAAGCAACUAUUAAACAUCAAUCUCACGAACUUGAAGUACUUCAGAAAAGAUUACUCACAAAUGAUCAUCAACAAACGGACGAAAAUUUAUCUGAAUUGGAUAUAUCAGAGCACGAGAUGGUGAUUGUUUUGUGUGACCGAAUAUAUUCUUUGAAAAUUCUGUUGCAAGAGAAAUUGGAGAGCAUGGUUAAAUUACAAGCAGAUUACGAAUUGCUUAAGAAUGAAAAUUCUAUAUUCAAGAGUCAGAGUGACAUCAUUGAGACUCAAACCAAAGAAGAUAUUUUACAUUUGAAAGAGAAGCUCAAGGAGGCACGUAUAAAAUUGCGCCAAACAGAAGACAAUUAUCAACAAAUGACUGAAAACUUCAAUGAAGUUAAGAAACAACUAAUGUCUGCAAUAAAACGAGAAGCUGACUCGCAAGAAUCGUUAACGAUUAUGGAAAAAGAUUAUCGUUCCAAGAUUAUAGAAGUAGAAAGUGAAGCGAUUCGUCUUCGCGACUUAGUGGACAAACUAAACGAAGAAUUGGAAGAGACAAGAAGAACACUCGCGUCGAAAGAUAUUGAACUUUGUCAAUUGCGAGAUAAAUGCAAGAAUCACACCGAUCAUUUGGACGUUAUGCGUCAAGAAUUUAAGAGAGAAAAAGAGGAAUUAACAAAAGCUGAAAAUGUAAACCGCGACUUGAUUCAGCAGUUGCAGGAGUACAUGAAGAAGAAUUAUCAUCUUGAUGUUCAAAAAGUUUCACUCGAACAAAAUAAUUCUUCAUACAUAUCUGAGUUGCAAGACAUGGGCAAGUCUUUGCUCGAAUUGAAAAGGGAAUGUCACUUAAAGGACCGAUCUCUAACUUACAUGUCAGCUGAUUUAACGGAAACAGCUAUGAGUAGAUCAGAACUCUGCAAAGAAUCUCAACAUGUACUCUCAUGCAUCCGUGACUGUAUGGCGCAACAGAAAAAAUACAAUGAAACCCUAGCGAAAAAUUUAGAAAAUAAGCAACAGCUUUUAAUGCAGCUGGUAUUCGAGAAAAAAGCUCUAUUAAUUAAAAUCAGGAAGAUGAAACGAAUUAAUUUAUUGGCGCAGAAAUUGAAAAGAACGCAUAAGUUAACUGGUAGAGGUCUUAGGAAAGGGCGUAUAAAUGGUUAUAUAUCGUCGUCAAUUGCGGCGCAUCAGACUGCCGGCACAAAUCUAAUUUCAAAUUUGAACUAUACAGAUUUUCGCAAGAAAUACUUAAUAAAACCAAUGAAAACUGGUCGAUGUACCUCAACCUGUGGCAAUUCAUGGUGGUUUCCCAAGAUGGAACACUUAAUAAACGAGGUCCAAAAAAAUAAUCGGUGGUGGAGUGAAAACUUAAAAAACGAAACGGAAUCCGACACUUCAUUAGAAGAAAACCACGAUUACGGCUAUCAAUCCUCUUCUACGAGCAAAUGAAGAACAGCUUCGUGAAGACUGAAGAAACAGUGCGAGAUACAAGUUUGAUGUUCAAUAUGGAACGUAGAAAUUUGUAACGCGAUUUAUGUUAGUUCGUGCUGCGGUUUCGUUUCUGUAAAUGUAAUUUUCUACAUAUAUACAUACAUAUUAUUAAUGUAUUCUUUUUUUAAUAAAUAGAUAUUUCUUAUGUAACGCGUGCAAGCAUAUUAUUGUUCGUUUACUUCGUUUCAUCAAAUCGCAUAACGAUACAAUAAUGAGUCAUACAAACGAGAUGCAGUAAUACGAUAUUUUCCAAAUAUGUUUUGCGAAAAAAUUCAAGUACCAUCUCAGCUUGAUCAGGUGUAAAUAUUUCUGCACAUGUUGGUGGAUCCUAGAAUUUGCGAACGUUGAAAAUAAUUAUACUCGAUAUAUAAAUUUAAUACGGAUGAUUAAAAUGCUUGAUAAGAUAAUUACCACGACAGUACAUUCAAGAACACGUUCGAAAAAAUAUUUAUAUGUAUCCUCAGCUGUGUUCCAAUAGUUUGCGAGAAAAAAAUUAUGAGUUGAAAGCAUUAAUUUCAUAACUGUCGCAAUCUGUUGGUCAGCGAAUUGGUUCUCUCUAUAAGAAUUAGUAAAAAAAUAAUGAGCAAUCAUAUGUAAAGCGCAUAAAGAAACAGAUAUCAUGUUGGUUGCACCAUAAACAUGUGAUUUUAAUAUGCAUGAAGUAAAACUGUUCCACUUAAGAGUAUAGGAUAAACGUUACAUAUUUUACUUGAAAAACCUGAAAGUUUGCCAUAAAAGUUUUACAAGUAUCUCUUUGCUUUCGUCCUUGUGUGGAAUGUCAGAUAAAAUCUUUUCCUCUGAAAAAAAUAGCAUGUCUAGAUGCAACAUAUUACAAUAGACAUCUAUUGUUUGCCUAGUUAUAUCACUAGCAAUCCUAAUAUUUUAAUAAAGUUAAAUUUUUACCGAGGAAUAGCAAAAUUGAUUUUCGAUCUCUCUGGUUUCUCAUGAAAGCUACAUCUUCGGGCGUUAUCAAUUUAAAAUGUGGACGACUACGUUGACUUUGCGACGAUAUAUUACCGAAUUUCCAAGAUCCACAUAUGUCGUCAUAAUUUGUAUUACUUUUCAAUUCAGGUGCAGAAUGUAUUCUCUUAGAUAACGUGUCAUUCGGCAUGGUACACUCGGAUAAAAACUUGCAUUUUAUAUCUAGUAUCGCAUUUGUUUGAUCAGACUCGCUGUUACACACGUCAUUCAUUUCUAUACUAUAUUCCAUAAUAGUUUCCCAGUAUCUCAUAACAGAUGAUUAUGAAAGAUGUUAGCAAUACACUAGGAAUUGUGCACUUGAUGCCUUCCUAGUUCCUACGUGAAUUUGUGCCCGUAUCAACACAUUUAUACAUAUUGCAAGUACAUACAUACAUGGAAAAUGUAUAUGUGUUCUACAUGUGCCUAAAUUCAUAUGGGAAGGCAUCAGUGAUUCCCAGUGUAAAUCUACUGAAUAUAGAAGCAUAUUAUUAUUUUUCUGAGCAAAUAAAUAUAUAAAUAAAUCUUUAUUAACAAAGAUCUUUAAAAAAAAGAGCAAUAAAUUAUCUAAUUCUCUCUGUACAAAUCUAUAUUGUCUAUAGAGUCUCGGUUCGAAUAAAUAGGCAAUUAUCAAAAGCCGUCGUAAUAUUCACAAGUUUAUUCUUUUUGCCGUGUAAUUAUUUAUAAUUCAUUAUGAGUUGUCAAUAAAAUUAAUAUACAAUAUAGUUUAGAGCAAGAAAUUGUUAUACGUGUUACAAACUAAGAAAGGAAAUACAUAGUAAUAGCAGCAGGAAUAGCCUCUCCUAUCUUACAAGAUCUCCGCGUGCCAAAAAUUCAUUAGACGUUGCAUAUUUUAUUUUAAAUGUACUGUUACUUUAUCAGUAUUUAUGGUAAUAUUAAUUACGGUGUGUUAUAUUUUUAUUCAU